UUAUACCUACGUGUAAAAUCAAAUCUCUCGAUUAUCAUCGAUAGACUAACACCAACUCAUGGUGAGUAUUCAACUAUUCAUCAACUCAUUGACUGUAUCUAAGUGUCACGGAUUGAGAUAACAGGCGAAAAACAUCAUUCACAACACAGUCGUGUCCCAAACAACAAAUCAAGUUCAACAUUUCAUUUAUUGUGAGAACAACAGUCACACCGAUCGUCCAAACAUUAGCCGCAACAGCUAAUCCAUCAACAUGUCGUUAACAAAAGCAUGCUGUACACUACCUCCCGUUACUUCCGAUUAUCGCCCGCCUGGUACGACCAUAAAUAUUGGAGAUCUCCCCGUCUACGAAACAAUUCCGAACGAUUCGAAAAAGCUGCUAAUUUGUGUGUACGAUAUUUUUGGAGUACAUCCAAAUAUCAGGCAAGUGUCUGAGACAAUUGCUUUGGCCGGCUUUCGUGUAGUCAUACCGGACUUCUUUCGAGGGAAUCCAAUAACCGAAGAAACAAUGGCCCAAGGAAUGCCGGCAAUCUUAGCAUUCAUCGAAGAAAAGGGAAAUUGGAAUAAAAAUGUGAAAACAGACGUACGGAAUGUGAUUGAGCAUUAUAAAACCACUGAAGUGAUAACUUCAGUUGGAAUAUUCGGUUUUUGUUGGGGUGGCCGAAUCACUCUGGACGCAGCCCUCGAACUCGAUGAAAUCAAAGCUGGUGGUCUAGUCCAUCCUUCGCUGAUCAAAAACGAGGAAGCUGAAGGUGUUAAGCGUCCAUUGAUUUUGCUUCCUUCGAAAAAUGAGUUAGACAUGAUUCCAUUUUAUGAAAUUCUAAAGAAGAAUUUGGGCGAAAAUAAAUGCGCACAUCAUCGUUUCGACGAUAUUCAUCAUGGAUUUUGUGGUGCUAGAGGAGACUUUUCGGAUGAGUUAAAUGUCAAACGUGUCAACGAAGUUAUUCAACUGUUAACAUCGUUCUUUGGUGAACAUGUUUAGUAAUAAAUGUAAAACUUUUGUGAAUUCCAAUGAACGUUCAUUAAAGUGAGAUAAAUUCCAAUAGGAUACAUAAGUAAUAGAUAGUUGAGUCAUAAGCCAAGGUACCAUAAGCCCGAAAACAUCUAGUAAACCUCUGUCUACAAUUCUGAUUGUCAGAAGAGAGGAAACGAUUAUCAAAUGGCAAAUGCGUACAAACACCCCAAUACUCAAUGUAUUCUCUGCGCGGCUCUACAGAUCUGAAGUAAGAUGAUUCAAUUGUUGCAUUCAAGUAAAUUUUAAACAAAACAAAAAAUCGUUUGAGUGAACGAAACCGCGCAGAUGACGGCACUCGUCUUCUAUAAUAUCGUCGAUAUCGACACUCUUUAUACUCGCGCAUGCGCAUACCAUUACACUGUGUAUAUAAGUAAUAAGUAUGUUUGCAUCCAAUGUACUGACAACACUAGAUGUCGAUACUCACCAUAACAAAAAUAAUCAAAACAAAUUCUGUGUUGUUAUUUAAGGAGCCUUGAUUUCACUAGAAAUUCGACAGUAUCCUGGAAGUGACAAUCAAUUUUUAAUGUGAAAAUAGUCAAGCUACGCUUUUCCGAAUUAUUUUCAUUAAAAAAAUAUUUAAGACAGUCGUGUGUAAAGUGAGAAAAUAGAAAACAAAACUAAAGAACUAGCCAAACUAACCGUUGAUUGGGAUAGAAACUGGAGUAAAUUUAUUGAUCCGGAUUUUAUUGAAUUAAUUGAAUACCAUCAGAAAUUAGAAUGGAUGUUACUCACAGUCAAAUCGACGAUGCAUCUAAUGACAAUAAUCACACCUGUGAUAUCCGAUCUAUUCGCAUCGGUGAUGGCGAAAUUGCGUUCAGCAAAGGAUGUGUCAUGUACAAAAGUGAUAAGUUGAAGGAAAUGGCCGCACGAUUCACAUAUUUUGUACCAGACCACUGUCAACUGAACCGACAGAAACGAGAUGGAGCAGACUACCACAUUACCAUUGUCAGCAAAACGGAGUUGAAAACAAUAGCUAAGUCGAAUUUGAAAAAGUAUUUUCAGGAGAAUGUGAAAUUCAGUAAACUCAGCGCAAUCGAUCUGGGUGUCGGCGUUCUCAAGUCACCGGAUAGGGCAAGCAACGAUAAAACCUAUUUUUUGCUGAUUUAUGCACCAGAGCUCGAUCAAAUCCGGAAAGAUUUGAAUUUAGAACCGAUCGAUUUUCACGUGACACUCGGUUUCGACAACAAAGACAUCCAUGACGAGGGUAAAAAGUCGCCGAAAACCAUUCAACAAAUCAACAAAAAAUUUCCCAUUCAAUGUCUUCUCACCCAUCCGUCACCGUAUAAAACGAAACACAUCCAAUACUUGGAAUGGGCGGUGUUCGAGUAUCCAACAAAUCCGUCGAUCCGAAAUGUAAUCAAAGAAUUGAUAAAACUCUAUCCGAAAUCGAAGUACCAUAAAAUCAAGGAAUUAAUCGACUUGUUGAUCGGUAUGGGUGAUUUAGACGGUUUCUAUGUGCAAGCGAAAAUUGAACUGGCACUCGGCAUGGCAACGACCGAAAUUUUUCGUAACAUUUCACCGCUGUUCAACUUGGAAUUCGAUUCCGACACCAUCAAUCCGAAAUCGCUCCAAUAUUUGUUGGAUUUCUUCAACAAUCAAAUGAACAAUCAAACGAUCAAGAAACAACUUUUCUACGAAUUUGACAACGGUAGAUUCGUUGGCCAUCCCUUGCCGUUCAAUUUCAGUUGGGUGCAACCAAACGUUUUGGGUGGCUCAUCAGUACCAUCGGCAAGCGAUUUAAAGCUUUUUUCGAAAAUGGGCGUCGUCAACGUGAUAACAUGCCUCGAACAGCCGUUAGAUGUUGUCCAAGAUGAUGUUAAAAUCCAUUACUUCCAAAUCGAUGAUCGCACGCCUCCGUCCAUGAAUCAACUGGAGGAAAUGCUUAAUAUUGUGGAGUCUGGUGAACCGACAAUAGUUCAUUGUAAAGGGGGAGUUGGGCGUACGAAUACCGUGCUUGCUUGUGUGUUAAUAAAGCAACAGAAAUUAAAUUCAGAAGAAGCAAUUGCACAGAUUAAGUCGACACGGCCGAAAGUUAUACUGGACGACAGACAAAUCAAAUUCAUGAAGCAAUUUUCCAGUUUGCAAUACUCUUGCCAUAAGCCCAAGAUUAAAUUACCAAAAUUGAUCGUAUUCGUUGGAUAUCCGGCUAGCGGUAAAAGUACGUUGAGUACGCACAUCGUUAAAUAUUUCGGUGACGAUCAAAUAGUUCGCAUCAAUCAGGAUGAAUCUGGACGAAAGGCAACGACUGAGCAGUUCAAUCAAAAUUUAAAAAAUUCCAAAACAAUCAUUGUGGACAAUUGCAACCUAACGAAGGACAAGCGUAAAGUGUGGCUUGAUCUGGCAUUCAACACGAAUCAAGCGUGGUGCGUCUACUUCAACUACAACAUGGAGGAAUUGAAAUAUCGAAUCGUACGCAGAAUCAAUCAUCCGACGGUAAAAAAUGGCCUCAAAAUACUAUCUGUUGUCAAAGAUCAGCUAGAAGAACCGACAUUGAACGAAGGUUUCAGUAGAAUCAUUAAAAUCGACAGUGACGAAGAUUUGAACGUAUUGCUGUACGAUUUGGGCAUUGCACAACCAAUUGAAUUGCCGCCAGAAUCCAAAUCUCAGAUCGUCAAAUUUUGUCGAACGAGACAUUUGGUUAAUCUGGGUGGUGCGUCCAGAGACGACUUACUGCUAUCAUCGGGCGAACAAAAUGCAUUUUUACAAUUUGAACUGGAUGUAGAAGAGAAGAUUGAUGGCGCCAAUCUUGGAAUUGUUGUCAAGUCGGACUAUAAAAUUUCGGUACAAAAUCGGUCGCAUUAUGUUAGCUCGUCAUAUCAUGCACAGUUUUCAUUGCUCGACAAUUGGAUUUUGAAACAUACCGACGAAUUGAUUAGCUUACUUGAGCCAGAGGUUGAAAUCUUAUACGGAGAAUGGUGCUACAUGAAGCAUUCAAUUCACUACACAAAUUUACCGGACUAUUUCCUUGCUUUCGAUAUUUUCAAUUGUCUGACACAGUCAUUUCUGAGUCGUCGCGAAUUACAAGUGCGAUUAGAGGGAACGAGUAUCAGACAAGUGCCGCUAAUAGUGACCAAAAAGUUCAGCAACAUUAAAGAAAUAACGGAUUUAGCAUCGAAAACGAAAUCAAAGUAUUAUGAUGGUCUAAUUGAAGGCGUUUAUUUGAGAGUGUGCGACGAUAAGAAAACAAUUGAUAGAGCUAAGAUUGUUAGAAAAGACUUUAUUUGUGGUGAUAGUCAGGCAACUGGCAGUAGUAAUAAUGUUCGUCAUUGGACGAAAGCACAGUUGACCAAAAAUGUUGUAGACUUUGAAGGUUGAAAUUAGUGGGGAAAAAUCGAUUUUUCAAUCGUUAAAAAUUUUGCUGUGUACUUAUACAAAAUAAAGAAUGCUUUUGAAGCAACUCACGCAC